AUGGAUGAUUUUCAAUAUCAACAACCUCAACGUUUCCGACCAACUAACAAACAACGUGAAGAAGAAAAAAAACGAAAAUCAGGCUCGUCGGGUGGUAUUCCUGAUCGAUGGCUUGAUUAUUUAGGUGUUAAUUCAUGGGUUGAAAAUACACGUUUUAUUGCAUUUAAAUGUCCAUUAAAACCGGAAAUGCAAAAGCAUUUAACUGAUGAACGACGUUUUACAUUAGGUGAUCUUGUUGAACGACUUGAUGAUAAAGGAAAAGAACUUGGCUUAAUAAUUGAUUUAACAAAUACUGAUCGAUAUUAUAAAGCAAUCGAUAUUGCUGAUGCACAAAUUCAAUAUCAUAAAAUGAUGACACCUGGUCACAACCAAAUUCCAAGUGAAAUAUGUUAUCAACAGUUUGCUAAUGUUGUACGCAAGUUUCUUGAAGAAAAUAAAAAUAAUGAUAAAUUAAUUGGUGUUCAUUGUACACACGGACUUAAUCGAACAGGUUAUUUAAUUGUGAGAUAUAUGAUUGAGCAAAUGGAUUUUGAACCAAAUGAAGCUUUAGAAGCAUUUAAUCGUGCUCGUGGUCAUUCAAUGGAGAAAUAUACAGAAGAUUUACUUAAACGCACAUCUCCCUCUAAAAAUACACAAUCAACAUCUUUUCUAUUGAAUUCAGCAUCAUCAUCAGAAUUAGUUAAUAAUAAUAGUACAGUCAAUAAUAAUACUAACGGAGAUCAAAUGCAAUGGCCGACAUUAUAUUCUGCAAUAGAAAAUCUAUCAUUGAAUGAACGAUACAAACAAAGACAACAAAAGUUUCAACAAAUUCCUAGUUCAAUAUCAAUGCAAAAUUAUAAUUAUCAAAGUGAACAACAACAAUUACGUUCAACAAGUUCAGCUAAUGUUCGUUAUGAAAAUAAUUCAUUAAGGUCUCAAGGUCAUGGACGUACAUCUUAUCAUCAACAAAAUACUACGAAUAAUCAUUUUUAUCGACAAACAUCAGUAACACCUCGUAUUUUAAAUUCAUCGCUCAAUGACAAUCAAAGUUCUAUUCAAUCAUCAUCAACUUAUUUCGGUUCGGGUAGUAAUGUUGGUCGAGGUCGACCAAUGACUGGUGAUCGAUAA